UCUCUGUCAUGAACUGGACAGCCAAUGGCAGCAAGGCUGUCACACAGUUUCUUGAAGGCACGAAGAUGAUCAGUUAGUGUUGUAGCUAAAUCCUUCUUGAGAUAUGUUAGUUGCUGUUUUAAGGUGAAUUCCCGUUCUUGGGAAUCCUGGGCGUAGGCUUCUUGGAGACCAUCCCACACCUGUUUGGCAGUUUGGAGUCCUACAACAAGGCCCAGUGCUUCCUCAGUCAGGGUGCCGAUGAGCCACCCUCGAAGCAGACGAUCAGACUUCCUCCACUGAAGAUAGUCUGAACUGAACUGGGUCAUGUCUGUUGGUGAUGUUCCUGGAGUGUACAUGGUCGGAGCUGCCACGUCUCCUGUGAGAUGGCCAUGGAGAUCUUGGCUUUCGGCCAGUGCAAUGACCUGCUCACGCCAUAAGGGGUAGUUAUCUGGGAUGAGCUUGAGGGUAACGAAGUUUCCAACAUUGAGUGAGAUGGUUGCCAUGGCGAUUAGCAGAUGAGAAGAACUCCCAGUGCUCACAAAGGCUCUGAUACCAAACUGAAAAAAGAGAAGAAAUCUGAAAAAAAUAUUUUGAGUUUCUGAACUCUGAAACGUGAGCACCAGAACAAAGCUUUUAUUCUGUAUGGUUCAAUAUAUAUAUAUUGUUUACAAGAUUGAAACCAUAGACUGUUGUGAGAAACAAGCACUCUCUGAUUUGCUGUUACAACAACUGAUUUGCUGUUACAACAAUAGUGAAUUUAAAGUUUAAAUAUCCGGUUGGAUUGCUUGGGCUGAAGCUGAUGUUUGAAGAUCAGAUUUGUUGGAGACAGAUUACCUCGAACCAAGCUUAUCCCAACGUCAUGCCUCUCUUUGGAUGGGUGUUCGUUCCGAUUCUCAAGCCCUCAUCUUAUCACUCCAUGUUACGUGGCUUGAGAACGGAUGGUGUUUCGCUAAUAAUGUCCUCACCCUUGUUCCCCUCGGCCAGCCAUCCUCGGCCUCCAGCCCGCAGCCCUCGUCGACCACGUCGCCAGGGUCGAUUGGUCACUCCUCGAAGGGAUCCCCGGCGACCGCGGCGGCUCUCAGCAGGUCUUUCAACACCAACAUCUGCAUUGCCCAUUGCUACCGUCGUUUUACUGUUCCUGUUCUUGUUUCGCGCUUCAAUUAUGUCCCUUGCGCGCCUGCUGUUGGAUUCUGUUCCUACUUUUGUUAGUUCUCUGUUCUGUAGCUUUGGUUCCGCAUGCUGUGAUUAGGGACUGUUCUUCUGUUGGUUUCUUUUGAGAAUUUUUGGGUUGGAUGGAAUCUCCAUGGGCCUGACGUGAAUUUGCUCACGAUUUAAUUGGUUAUGAUUCGUGGGUGCAAAAUCGCAUUUUUAUUUGGAUUUUUUGUUUAUAUGUUGCUUCCUUAUAAGAUUUUCGGGUCCUUGUAUGAGAUGUCAAUGGGCUUAAUGUGAAUUUGCUCUUAGUCUUAUCGAUCAUGGUGAUUUAUGUGGUUUUCUGGUUGCAAAAUCUCUUAAAAAACUGUGGCCUUUCCGUUGAGUGUGUUGCUUGAUACAAUAUGAUUCUUAUUGAGUGUGUUGCUUUUAAAGUAUAACUGAUUAUUCCAACUUCUCUGACUGGUGGUUUGUUGGCUGUGUUUUGGUUGGUGUAAUUUUCUCCAGUAUAUUUGUAUCGAUGGAGUCUGUUCCGUAGUGUGUUUUUUUUUGCAAUCCCUGUUUGAAACAGAACCAAAUUAACACAUUAAACUUUAAUAAUUUUCUUUAAUUGUCUACAAUAAUAUUUGGCUACUACUUUGUUCUACUAUUUUUCUGAACUUUGGUGGAUUAUGUAUUUUGGUUUGUAUAUGUAAAACAGGAAAUUGACCAAUAUAACAAAAAAUGCUUGACAUCUCUGCGCGUGCGCGCGUUUCUUUGUGACUAUUUUUCUGAAAUCAGCUUCUUCUUCUCCAUUUCUCACUGAAUUUCUAUCACUAGUAGGUUUCAUUUGAUCAUGCAUAUCAUCAUAUCCCAUUAGAAUUAAAUCAAAGCUUACAUUAGGGCUCGAGGGCAUAACUCGUUCUAUGGACAAAAGAAUUACAUUGACCAGCUCUUGACCUAGAAACCUUUGUGAACCAGAGACGAGAGAGGAAAAUAUCUCACAGAUCAGAAGAUAAGUGGCAUUCAGGAAACCCACCGUAAUAGUUAGACAGUUCAAGCUCAUUAAACUAGGAGGCAACCCUCAAGAUCCUCUAGACCCAUAAAGGCUUUAGGCAAAGAGCGAAGAGGGCUGGGUUGCAUAUAGGGAACAACAUCCAACCCUGCGGCACAAACCAUACCAUAAAGUGACAAUUCAAAACCAACCUCAUUUCUGAUGUUAAGUAUCUUGUUUUAAGCACUAUGAUGAAUCAUGUGAUGGAAACUUCUGUAGUUGGACAAAUAUAUGCCUCGAUGGUCUCACCUUUUAUCUUUUUUCACAAUUCGGCAUUUAGUUCUAGGAUGCACUGUUGUGAUGUAAUGGGUAACCACAAACAGGUUGCUAUUGAGGAUUUGAAUCAUAUAUUGACCAAAGUCGAUACAUGCAUUCUCCCAUUCCUUGAUGACGUUUCUCCUAUGAGGACCAUAGCUGGAGGUAGUGUUGCCAAUACCAUCAGGGGUCUGACUGCGGGCUUUGGGCUCUCAUGCGGAAUAAUUGGUGCUUUUGGUGAUGACGAGCAAGGUCGCAUAUUCAUCCACAAUAUGAGCUUUAGUGGUGUGGAUCUUUCAAGAUUGAGAAUGAAGAAGGGACCUACUGGGCAGUGUGCAUGUUUGGUUGAUGCUAAUGGCAACCGUACCAUGAGGCCUUGUCUAUCAAAUGCUGUUAGACUUCAGGCUGACGAGUUUAAAAGAGAGAAUUUUAGAGGUUCAAAGUGGCUGGUAUUGAGAUACGCACAUUUCGAUUUGGAACUAAUCAAUGCUGCUAUUAAAAUUGCUAAACAAGAGGGGCUUUCUGUUUCCAUGGACUUGGCCAGUUUUGAGAUGGUAAGAGACUCCAGGUCGCACCUCAUAAAUUUAAUGGAGACUGGCAAUAUUGAUCUUUGUUUUGCCAAUGAGGACGAAGCCAGAGAGCUUAUAAGGGGAGCACGAAAGGCAGAUCCAGAGGCUGCGCUAAAUUUUCUGGCCAAACACUGCAAAUGGGCUGUCGUGACCCUUGGCUCUAAGGGAUGCAUUGCAAAGCAUGGAAAAGAGGUUGUCCGAGUUCCAGCUAUAGGGGAGGCACGCGCUGUUGAUGCCACAGGAGCUGGUGAUCUCUUUGCCAGUGGUUUUUUGUACGGGCUGGUGAAAGGGCUUCCGCUUGAAGACUGCUGCAUGGUGGGCUCCUGCAGUGGUGGAUCUGUGAUACGAUCUCCUGGUGGCGAAGUGAGACCUGAGAACUGAAAGUGGAUGUACAAGCAUGGAGCUAUUGUUAUAUUAUUCAUAUACGAGUCUAUAGUUGCUUAAAUUUUAUUAGCUUAGAAAAAAAUAAUUACUUUUAAUCUAUGCUUCGGUCACCAGAGAAAAAGCGGUUUGGCAAAGAAGCUGAAAGUUCGCACCAGAGAAAAAAAGGGGUUUGGCAAAAAAAGCUGAAAGUUCGCACCAGACCACUAGCACAAUAUUUCCGUUUCAAACCUGACAAAAACCUACGGUCACAAAA